GUUCAAGCUGUAUUUAAUAGGAAACUACAAAAUGGAGAUUAUGAACAUUGUAGUUAGGAUCUGUACAUGACAGUACUAUUUUUGAUAAUAGCUUAUUGCGUGCAUAGUUCGAAAACAAUGAAUAUAAAGGAUAUUUUCUUCUCGAAGAUGGUGGAUAUCCCUGCAGAAAAAAAGUAUCAAAAAGCUCAAAUCGGAACCAGAAAUGUGAUCAAAAAAGUUUUUGGUGUUUUGAAACGGCAUUUUCCAGUUUUGUCUAUUGGAUUAAUUAAUCAACCAAAAUCAGCAUUGACUACUAUUGUUGCUGUGGCUGUUUUACUAAAUAUUUUGUUAAAACAAAAUGAUACUAUGCCACGAAAAGAUUUGCAGAUUGUUGAUGAUUUAUUUGAAGAACUAGAUGCCUUGCCAAUAGCAAGUUGGAAAUGCUGUAAGAAAUAA